AUGCCAUCCAUCGAUGAGGCCAUGGCGCGGAGCCUGCGAGGCAGCGCCUGGGAAAUUGUCAAGGACAAAUUCGUCAGAACUAUUGUCUCUGAUCUUACGCGACGAGAUAUGCUCGCUGAUGCCGCACAAACGACUGACAACAUUUCGAAAACUUCUGAUGAUUUUGCAACCGCCAUCUCUAGUUGGGAUAACUGUAUGAGCGUGGUGUGGUGCAAGUGGCCGGUGAUUGGUAUCAUGAUCCUCGGAGGUCUCAUUAUCUUUAGUAUUCUAUGGUGCAUCAUUCGCUGUUGCUGCUGUGGGCUCUCGUGCUGCUGUAGCUGCUGCCAAUGCCUCAAGUGUUGCGGUAACUGCUGCGGUGCUUGUGAUCCUCCUGGCAGUCACACGAAGCACCUUGACGACCCUUACCCUCCUCAGCCUCAGCAUCAUGGAUAUCGAACUGAACCCCCAAUGAAUCCCUCGAUACCUCAGUAUGGGGUCUCCCAGCCUAUUCGAAAUGAGCCACCUCAAUAUGCUGAAUACGAAAUCAGCAAGAAGGAUGAUGACGCCUUACCCGAAAUGCCCAGCUCCGAGGGCAAAAAGGUCCAGGUCUACACUGAGGCUGUUGAGCUGGAUACGCUCUCUAAACCACCUCCCAGUCAACAUAGUAUGGCUGGAACUCCAUAUAGCCAACCUCAAGGCAACUCCAGUGGCUACCUAGGCUCUAGCCAACCUACCGAUCCUUACUCGCCGCUUGACCAGCAAGGUUAUGGCUACCAGCCUCCCCCGCCUAAUCAAGUCUAUGCUCCUGCUGCCAUCGCCCCCAUGCCACAUGAACGUCGCUCCCCAGCUUUAAGCCAGAAUCCAUAUGGAAACCAAGGCUACGGCCACGAUCAAGGAUUCGAACAAGCUCCAGGAUUUGGACAGAUGCAGGGACAUGGUCAAAACCAAAGCUACGGCCAAGGUGCCUCACCUCAGGAUUACACAGCAAACUAUGGAGGAUAUCGUGCAAGCCCUUCACCUCGUCCCGCCCAGCGACUCUCAAUGCACCAGGAUGAAUUUGGCUCAUAUGGAAAUAUGCCUCCACGCCGGUCUCCAGCAAUCCCUGACGAUUAUGGUUACGGUUCACCUGCCCGUCAAUCGCCUGGUCCCCAGAACGAUUUUGGCUAUGCUCAGCCACCCCGUCACUCACCUGCUCCUAUGAACGACUACCGAACACCGCCACCAGGCCCUGAUGCCAACUAUGGUCCUCGUCCUAUACCUCAACGGCAACAAUUGCUUGAGUCCCAAUCACCUGGCAGCUACGAGCCUCAGCAGCCUUACCCAGGUUUCAAGCCAUACCAACCAUAG